AAAUCAAGUCUAACCACUCGUACCGUUAUAAAUGGUGCGAGUGCUCUCAGGACAGACACUUGCAGAGGCAACAUGCUCAGGCAAACAGCUGUAUUCAUUUUGAUCGUGGCUGCGGCCUCUCAGGCUGUGAGCGGAGCCAACAAUGGGUUGAGAGUCUCUGGAACGCAGAUCCUCGACGCGCAGGGCAAUGCCUUCGUCAUGAGGGGCAUCAACUACGCCCACUCCUGGUUCAAGGACGACGCCGAGAAGUCCAUCCCGGCCAUCGCGCGCACGGGGGUCAACGUGGUGCGCAUCGUGCUGUCCAACGGGGAGACGUACUACAAGGACGACGCCGCCACCGUGCAGCGCCUGCUGGACCUGUGCCGCCAGAACCACCUGGUCGCCAUGCUGGAGGUGCACGACGCCACGGGCUCCGACGACGUGUCUGCGCUGAACCGCGCCGCCGACUACUGGAUCAGCCUCGCCGACACACUGCAGGGACUGGAGGACCGCGUCAUCAUCAACGUCGCCAACGAGUGGCACGGCUCCUCUGGAAAGGCCGAGGAGUGGGCUUCCGCCUACCGCUCCGUGCUGCCCCGGCUCCGCAGCGCCGGCCUGAAGCACCUCAUCGUGGUGGACGCCGCAGGCUGGGGCCAGGACGCCGCCGUCAUCGCCCAGAAGGGCCGCUCCGUCUUCGAGGCGGAUCCCGACCGCAACACCAUCUUCUCCAUCCACAUGUACGAGGUGGCCGGCAAGGACGAGGCCACUGUCAAGCAGCACAUUGACAACAGCCUGGCCAUCGGCGUGCCGCUCAUCAUCGGGGAGUUCAGCGACGCCCAGACAGGCAAGCCCGUCGACUACAAGACCAUCAUGUCGUACUGCAACGAGCGCUCUGUUGGGUGGCUCGCUUGGUCCUGGUACGGCAACAACGCCGACACCGCCAACAUGGACCUCGCCACCGGCCCUGCCGGCGAGCUGACAAAGCUGGGCAAGGAGAUCGUGAGCGGGACCCACGGUAUCCGCCUCACCGCCUCGCCAGUCAGCAUCAGCUGGUAGUGGAAGUCCUCUAUGCAGUUCCUCCGUCCGUCUCACAUCAUCCCGAAGAAAUGACAGGCAAAGACCUAUUCCAAGAUCGGUCUCAUGUCAUGGUAUUUAUUAGCAUGGAGGAUACGGAGCUGAUCAAUUUUAUGUCGAAUAAUAACGAUAUUAAAAUACGCUAGAAGCACA